AUGGACAGGUUUGCGUCCAGUUCAAGCGAUCGCGCAGAUGCGUCUGGCAACCCCCGCUUCAUAUCGCAGGCCGCGACAGCAGAAGACUUGCUAAAGGCGCAAACUGUCGGCCUGGUCAACCUCGACGACUACCGCAAGCGACGCGCCGACGCGUUGGACAGGAAGGAGCGAGGUGACACCGCAAUCAGUUCGGGCGAAAACACACCAACAGACGGGGCAUCGACGCCAAAACCCGUCUUCAAGAAGAAGCGCAAAGUAGGCGGGAAAGGCAAGCUGUCAUUUGGCAUAGACGAAGACGAAGACACCGAAUCCAAUGUUUCCAAGACGCCGACCCCGCGCGAAAGCACACCCGCAGACGCUUCUGCCCCGGAAGCAGAACCCAAAGUGUUCAAGAAGAAGCUGGGCGUAAACUCGAACAUCGGCCUCAAACCCCGCGUCAUGACCAAGACGGCUCUCCAACGCGAAGCGCAACAAGCAGAGCUUGCGCGACAAGACUUCAUCGUCAUGCGCGACGCAGUCAAGGCGACGGAAGUGGUAAUACCAUUCGUCUUUUACGAUGGCACCAACGUACCAGGUGGACGAUGCAGGAUCAAGAAGGGCGAACAGAUAUGGCUGUUCCUAGACAAAGCUAGGAAGGUCGGCGCAGAGCUAGGCGUAGGCGGUGACAAGAGUCGAAGAGAUUGGGCUAGGGUCAGCGUGGACGACUUGAUGCUCGUGAGAGGUGAAGUUAUCCUGCCACACCACUACGAGAUCUAUCACUUCCUGUUCAACAGGGUCACCGGUUUCGACGGCCCCAUCUUCGACUACUCGGCGCAACCCACCAAAGCCACCCCGAGCGCGACCGAUGAAGACGCGGACGCAGAUCCCGCUACCUACGAUCCGCUUGCUCAGCCCCUUAAGAAGAAGAGCAAAGAGUCCAGCAUACCAGAUGAGGAACUCGAAGGUUACGGCGAAGACCCAGCGAUAACCAAGGUUGUCGACAGGCGGUGGUAUGAACGCAACAAACACAUAUUCCCGGCAAGCGCAUGGACAGAGUACGCUCCAGACAAGGACCUGUCCAAGGUGCAGCGGAAGGAUAACGAGGGCAACGCCUUCUUUUUUUCGUGA